AGAGAGCGCAGUCGUUUCUCCGACGUCGAACCGAAUAGGUCGUCUCAGACUUUCUCCGUGUUUUUAUCGAGCACACGCGUUCUCAAUAUUUAUUUCUACAAUAAUUAUUAGCAACGUUCCCAAAUUAUUGACAAUUAAUAAUAAUAAUAAUCAAUAAUUUUAAUAAAAAAUUAUUUAGUGAGUGUAAGUGUGUGGAAAUACUUUUAAAGUUUUAAAUUAAAAUUAUUUAAAAGUUUUUUUAUUAUUGUGUGAGUGAUUAUUUAUUAUUUUAUUUAAUUAUCUAAUUAAAAUAUAAAUAAUGGAGUGCAAACGGGUUAAAUUUAUUUAUUUAUUUUCAAUAAUAAGUUUUAUUUAUUUCAAUAAUGCGGAUGGUGCCUCGGUUGAUUUAAAAAUGCGCGAGGAUGCCGAUUUAUCUGAGUUCUACCAUCUGCUAGAGGACAAUCAAGUGGCAAACAAUACAUUGAUGUAUCGACAUGUUACCGUAUUCGCACCGACAAAUCGUGCAUUUCAAGAUUAUGUUCCCCAAAACAAAGACGCGCUAGUUCUCUAUCAUAUGUCGAAUUUGCCCAAGACCACUGACGAACUUGGAGACACCAUUUCGUCGGAACUCGAAGGUAACCCUCCACUUUGGGUGACAAGAAAACGUGGGUAUCCCCAAGAUGAAAUUUAUAUCAACAAUGCCAAAAUUCUUGAAGGAAGCAACUAUAGGUCAAAAAUUCAUACGUCAAAUGGAGAAAAAAUUCAGGUUCUGCACAAAAUAUCGGAAGUACUGGAGCCAGUUCUAUCAAACUCACCCGACUCAUUAAUUUCCAACCCAAAUGCAUUUCAAUUUUUGAACCAAAGCGACAGUAUUAACCUCGGUCAAUUUAGAAUAAGAACCUUCCGUCAAAGAGUAUUAUUAAAUAAUAAAGAAGACAUAUUCAAAGCCGAGGGUGGUUACACAUUUUUCAUCCCCGACGAGGAAGGAUUCAAGCCUUCGGUCAGACCCACCAAGAUAGACCACCAAGUUAUCGACGGUCACGUUAUUCCAAACCAUGUAUUAUUCACCGCACCGACGCCUAAUGACAGACCUUACAAUACCUUGGCUAAUACUGAUAAUUUUAAAGUAACUAUUAGCUUCGUACGUGAUCCGGAUAAUUCCAAAAAAAUGUACGUGAAGUCCAACACCCUUGUCGGGGACGCGACACAUCCAACUGGAGUGGUGCUAGCGGAAAUAGUGAAAGCCAACAUUCCUGUUAAAAAUGGCGUCGUCCAUUUAAUCCAGCGACCGCUGAUGGUAGUCGACACCACUGUCCAGCAAUUCCUCGCGUCCUUCAAGGGCAUCGACAAAGAAGACGGACCUGUGUACAAGUUCUACCAGGCGAUUCGUGACUACGGAGAUGAUUUUAUGGACAUCAUUACCCGGUUGCAAGACAUAACUCUAUUUGCGCCAAGUAACGCCGCUUGGGAUGAAGAGGGCGUGAAACAUAUCCUCCAGGACAAAAAACGGUUCAAAGAAAUACUAAAUUUGCACUACGUGCGCGAAAAGCUUCCACUCGACAAAAUCAAACAGAAGAGCUUGAAUCAGAUGCCACUCGAUGGAAAGGGAUUUUAUGGGGUACCGACAGCAGCAUCAUGGAAAAGUUUGUACUUUAAUGUAGUCGAAGGUUCAAAUGGCAGCCAAAUGGUAACAGUCGAAGGCGGCGGUGUCAACGCAACAGUAAUUACUGCUAACAUUGCAGCGACCAAUGGAAUUAUUCACAUUAUCGAUCGAGUACUCGGGAUUCCUUACACAACUGUAUUAGAUAAACUACGAACUGAUCCAAUGCUCAAUUCAACAUACAUGUUGGGUCAGCGACGCAAUUUCAAUGACCGUUUGAGCGAGCCUAAAAAACGGUACACAUACUUCGUGCCAAGGAACUCUGCAUGGGAAAAAGCCAAAAAUAUAUUCCCGUCUGCUUACAAGAAAAUUUUCAUGCCUGAAUUCAGUUACCAUACAAGACAAAUAUUGGAACGUCAUUUAAUAGAGGCAAGCCAGGCAUACACAAUGGCAGAACUUAAAAAACUAACAGGCAAUGAAUCGGUAAUGUUGGCACCAAUUAGAGAUCACUUAAAAUUACGUGUCCGGGAAUACGAUGGAAACGAUCAGAGGUAUGACGAAAAUGCAAUUCAUCUGCCUAGUAGUAAUAACUACGGUUAUCAAAUAGAAUGGAUGGGAAAAUGGAUCCGAGUAUACCGUCCAGAUGUCGCUUGCACCAACGGAAUAAUUCAUGUUAUUGACGACGUUCUCUUAAUGCCGGAAGAUGUCACCGUGAGCGGAGCUUCAUUACUGACGAUCACUCCUCAUAUUUUAACAAUUAUAAUUGCUAAAUGGUUUUUAUAAAUUGACAACCAAUUUACUGAUUAAGUACUGGUAAUAAAGUUAAUGACCCAGUUGAUUGAUUGGGAAGAUUUUAAAUUAAACCAGGUCUACUGACCUUAAAAAUAAAAAUAAAAAUGUA